AUGGAAAUCGAUCAACAACAGCAAAUUGAGGGAAUAGAACUUGGCAAAGUCAGAAUGAGUCGCGUUCGUACCAAGACCGUCAAGAAGGCGUCCAGGGUGAUCAUCGAGAAGUACUACACCAAAAUCACUCACGAUUUCCACACGAAUAAGCGAAUCUGUGACGAAGUAGCCAUCAUCGGCAGCAAACAAUUGAGAAAUAAGAUUGCUGGGUGA